AUGGAACCGCCAUCACCACCACAGUCUCGAGAAGAGGCGGAUGCUCAGCUACAGACCAUCGUACACGAUCGAGGCAUAGAAAAUGGGCAAGCUAAUAAAUUCACGGAGAAACAACUACGAAACGCCCUCCAGGUUCUCGCGAAAAAUCUGUAUUGCACGUCAACCCAUUUCAUUUUGGAGCUUCUUCAAAAUGCCGACGACAACGAUUACUCCAAAGCGAUUCAACGAGACUCACGCCCAAGUUUCAGGCUGAGCAUCGAGAGCUGUAUUGACAACAGCGGCGAAAUUGUUCACUACUUGGAAACGGGAUGCAACGAAAAUGGCUUUUCUCUUGAGCAAAUCGACGCUCUCUGCGCGAUCGGAGAGAGCACAAAGAGCUUAUCGAAAGAGGUCCAUUCGGGAUAUAUUGGAGAGAAGGGCAUAGGCUUCAAGUCUGUUUUCAAUGUCGCAAAUGUAGUCUAUGUCUCGAGUGGGCUCUACAGCUUCAAACUCGACAAUACAAGGGACAUGCUGGGGGUUCUCCUGCCCCUCCCCGCGGAAUUCAUCAAACCUCAGCGCGAGUCUGAAAAUACAAGCAUGGCUCUUCAACUACUUGGCAAUAGCGAGUUGGAAAGGAUUGCCGUGGAGCUUACCAAGAUCAAACCCGAAAUACUGCUCUUUCUUCGCCGACUCAGACGCAUCGUUGUCCAGACACCGGAUGAGCAGGUUGACUACUUGGCUACAUACACAGAUCACGACACAGACUUCCACUGCGAAACGCGGACUAUUACCAUGCACACAAACAAUUCGGAGCCAGCGACGGAAACUAAGUACGUCAUUAUCCGAAAGGCAGUGGAAGACAUGCCAGAAGAAUCUACAAGGAAAAACAUCGGCGUCUCAGAGGUUACUCUUGCAUUUCCGCUGGAGCAGGAUGGUAGCCCAAAGGUUCAAGAGCAGCCAAUCUUUGCAUUCCUGCCAGUUGGCCACUAUGGCUUCCAAUUUCUCAUUCAGAGCGACUUCAUUCUACUCGCGGAUCGGGAGCGCGUUCCCGCCGAAAACGCUUGGAACAACAAGAUCAGAGAAGCGAUUCCAGUUGCAUUCGAGGAGUCAGUCGAGAGAUUCAACAAAGGUGGAGGUAAACUGCGUUACUCUUGGCCACGGUACUUGGUGCGAUCUCCCUCUCACGAUGACUUUUGGGACGGUCUGGAAGAAUCCCUGAUCAGACAUCUUCAGUCUCGCCCAGUUCUUCAGAGUCGCGCGGGGAUUGAGGAUCUGCGAAAGCCGCAGGAACUCGUCUUCGUUUCUUCUGGAUACUGUCUGGAUGGAGUGCCUUUGAUCGACUCACCGAAACAACGUCACCGCCAUCUAGCAUCCGAAUACUCUCAAGAAGGAAAUCUACCCAAAGGUUUCAUGCGUCUGGGGGUAAGUACCAUGGUUGCUGACGUGUUUGUGUCACAUUUCUGUGAAUGGGUUUCAGUAGAGAAACCCGACCUCACCACCAAGUCACAGAAAUGGCACAGUAAAGUGGCUGCUAUUCUCGUCCGCUCUGAGUCUUGGAAAAAGAGACUACGACGCUUGCCACUUGUGCCAACACUGGACGGGGAUCUGCUUCCUGCGCGCACGGCAGACCUAUACCUGGCGGCGAAGGCAGACAUCCAAGGUGCUCCUCAAGGCCUUGGCCUCUUCUUCGUGCUCCCCGAUGCGCGAUCCGAUGCCAAGAGAGACGCCCUCUUUGAAUGGUUAGGGAUCAAAAAGAUCACAUCGAACGAUAUUUGCAAUCGAAUUCUCCAAGACCAUAACAAACGGAAUCAUGGUUGGGACCCCCGAGGAACCGAGCGUCUCAUCGAAGACGCGUUCUACUUAUUCCACAAUCAUCGUCCGCAUUGGCUUCCAAAGAUGAACCUCUGGGUUGCUACCUCCAACGGAAACGAGGUUUGCCGCGCCGAUACCGUCUACCUCAUCGACCCAAAGAUCCAACAUAACCUCAUUAGCAAGCACUCUCCUGAACCCAAGGCUUGCAUGAACGUGCUGCAUCCUGAUUACUUCAGUCGAGGUGAGAUCGCAGGUGAAGAACGCGCUGCCCAAAAAGGCGCCUUCAUUGAGUGGUUGAAGAACAAACACGGAGUCGCAACAUCGUUCAAGUUACUUGUCCGUGAUCAGUCCUCUUCGGAAGUCGUCCUUAGUCGCGAAAGUCGAUGGCUUCUCAAAAAUGACUCCAUGGGCUUCAUACAACUCUUAAGAGACGAGUGGCUUCGAAACGGGCUGUUCUUCGAAUACAGGGACUGCCUCUCAAUUCUGCACCCACAUGUCCAGGCCAUGACAGUGCCUUGUCGAGACGGGGUCCAACGGAAACUCCAGGACACAGCGGUACCAGCCAAAGCUCUGCUCCUCCACUGUCCACAUCUUGCAUUUGCAGAUUUUCCUGACCCAGAGGACUUGAUAUGGCAGAAAUUUGGAGCCUUUUCAGUCACUACUAAACCCAGUGUAGAGGCCUACGUCAUGGAACUCGAGACGAUGAAAGGUUUGGCCAUUGAUGCGGAUACUAUGAAGGCUGCGAGUCACAUUUAUCUGUAUCUGGCCAACAACAGCAAAGAGAUCUCGGAUGCUCAGCGUCAAGCCUUCGAGCACGCCAAGACGGUCUAUCAUCCAGUCCAUGGUUGGCUCACCCCGAACGAAUGCACUUGGAAGGCUCCUGUCUGCCUUGAGAACAUCCGACCCCUUGCUGAGUUCUAUCCUAAAUGUGGGACUUUCUUUCAAGAGAUACUCCAAAUCCCGGAUGCCGGUAUUCCUGACGUUAUCAGAGAGUUGGGGCGUUUGGGAGGCCUAUCAGCGGACACUUCAAAGGCGCAGUCGAUAAAGACAGUGCUCCUCUUCUUGUGCAAGUAUCUCUCAAGUAUGAAGGAUCCUGCAAAAAUGCCUCAGUGCUUCGAACCAAGAGCACUCCCAUAUUUCAAGGUUUUCCCCAUGCUACCUACCAAGCACAACUCAGGAGGUCCAGACGGCGCAACGUUCUUGUCUCUCAAUGAUAGCUGGUUCAUUGCCGACCGCACGGCAUUACGGACCGCGUUUGAGGGGAAAGUUUCCCUCCUGGAUUUCGACGUCAAAGAUAUUGACAAGAUCAUGCCAUUGGUAGCAUGGCGUCACCUCUCUCCUCGACUCCUCAGCAAUGCGGUAGAAGAGCAUAUCACUUACGUGAGCGCACCGAUAGCCCAUCCACUUUGGUCUGAAAACAUACAGAAGAAAGCAAAGUACAUUGCGCUCCUCGGAACCAAAGCGACGCCGACGAUUCCUACCUUCAAGGUUUCGCUAGCCUUGGGCAUUUCAGUGCAAAGAGCAAUCGGCGAAACAGUGGGCGAGUCUCGCAAAGGGCACAUUUCUAUCACGGAAGAGAAAGAUGUCAUUCAUGUCGUCGUCUUGCGGAACCCUUUCAAAGAUACCAAUCGACGGGUCGACAUGGAGCUCGCUGACUUGUUUAGCCGGCUAUUUGCAAUCCAGGACGUCGAGCGCGGCCUUCUCAUCUCACACAUCCUCAAAGGCAGCUUUGCCGACGUGCGAGACAUGUUGGAAGGAGUCAACAUUCGUGUUCUCUUCGACGACGACCUCGACGUCUCCACCGGCGUGUACAGCUCAAUGACCAACUCGACGGAAGAUCCCACCGUCGCUUACAGAGAGCUGACUAGUGCAGUCGGGAUGGGGGAUGUUGCCAGGCAGUCAACUCCCACAAUGUCCUACGCUCAGGCCUAUGAUAGAAGUUUUGGGGACGAUGAUUCAGACUAUGAUCCCCAAUCUUACAGGUUCGAGGAAGUUGGAUUUGCGGCAGAAGAUUUUGUCAAUUGCUACUUUUCCAAGGAAAUACCCGACUGGGAGCCCGAGAAGCAUUGGACAAGCCGUCUUCGGAAGAGAUGUGGUUACUCGGACUUCCUUGGUGAUGAGUCGGUCACAGCUGAUUUCACGUACACGGACAAAGGAGGAGGAUACAUGCUCCCGCUACUUCAUAACGUGGGCAUCGUCGAGGAGACCUGGUUUCGCCGAACCAUCACGUAUCACAUGGAAGUGAAGGGAACGGUUCGCGGACUCGAGGAGCCUUUCCACCUAAGCCAGAAGCAGAUGAAUCUGACUCAAAAGUAUCGCUUGGACAAGAGCAAGAUACCGACGGAUGUCUUCAUCAUCGUGCGGGUCUACGAAAUUGAGGGUGAGAAGCCAAGCUUCCGUUUCUACCUCGACCCGUGGGUCAAGAUAUUCAAUGGAGAAUUGGUCCUGACAUCGGAUCAUGGAUACUGUGUCGCGCCUUCGAGCGUUAGAUGGACUUGA